AAAAUAAGAGGGUUGGAGAGCAUGAAAAAAGAAAAUGGCGAACAGUGUCAACAAGAUGUCGUUAACGAGUUUAUUACCUCUCCCCAGUCAGGUUGUCUGGGACAGAGAGGACGAAGCUAGAGAGCAGAAGCUCCGUCAGAGACCUGUGUCGGCAUUGGUAAAAGCUGUUGUCACCGCACCUCCUUAUGGACAACGCAAAGGAUGGGUUCCUCGAAAUCCAGAGGAUUUUGGAGAUGGCGGAGCAUUUCCCGAGAUUCAUGUUGCCCAAUAUCCCCUCAAUAUGGGUUUCAAGGGUAAAGAAUCAACGAGUAACGCGCUCGCGAUACAACUUGAUGCUCAAGGCAAGGUGAAGUACGACUUGAUUGCCAGACAAGGACAUUCUAAGGACAAGAUAGUAUAUAGCAAGUUAAGUGAUUUACUACCAGCUGAAAUUACAAACGAAAAUGAUCCCAGUCUUCAAAGACCAGAUGCGGAAGAAAUUGCAGAAGUUACUGAAAAAACUCGCAGAGCUUUGGAAAAAAUUACACAGUCGAAAAUUGCAGCAGCAAUGCCAGUGCGGUGUGCUGAAAAACAGGCACCAGCUCAAUAUAUUCGUUAUACGCCAUCCCAACAAGGGCAAUCUUUCAAUUCAGGGGCCAAACAGCGAGUCAUAAGGAUGGUUGAGGCACAAGUCGACCCGAUGGAGCCUCCAAAAUUCAGAAUUAAUAAGAAAAUUCCGCGAGGACCACCUUCGCCACCAGCUCCUGUGAUGCACUCACCAACCCGCAAGGUUACCGUGAAAGAACAGAAAGAAUGGAAGAUUCCUCCUUGCAUAAGUAACUGGAAGAACGCAAAGGGUUACACUAUACCGUUGGACAAGCGUUUGGCAGCGGAUGGGCGAGGUCAUCAGAUAGUUCACGUAAAUGAAAACUUCGCAAAACUUUCAGAAGCGCUUUACAUCGCUGAUCGUAAAGCUCGUGAGGCCGUUGAAAUGCGAGCACAAUUGGAGAAGAAAUUGGCGCAGAAGGAGAAAGAGAAAAAGGAGGAUCACUUGAGGCAAUUGGCUCAAAAAGCCAGAGAGGAACGCGCUGGGUUAAAAUCCGCUGCUGCUCUUGACAAAGCCGAGGAAACUCGUGAGCGUGAUCAGCUCCGUCAAGAAAGACACAAGGAUCGUGCUCGUGAGCGGAACUUGGCUCGCGCUGCACCGGACAAACGUUCGCGCUUGCAACGCGAGAGAGAACGCGACAUAAGUGAACAAAUAGCGCUUGGUUUACCGGCGAAGAGCAUUGCCAAUUCCGGCGAGGCGCAGUUCGAUCAGCGAUUGUUCAACACGACCAAAGGCAUGGAUAGCGGUUAUGGACAUGAUGACGAGUACAACGUUUAUGACAAGCCUUGGAGGGACAGCAAUUCGAUCGGUUCGCACAUUUAUCGACCUGGUAAAAAUAUCGAUAAGGACAAUUAUGGCGAUGAUCUCGAGAAGCUCGUUAAUACGAAUAGGUUUGUUCCCGACAAGGAAUUCAGCGGUACAGAUCGUACAGCUACACGUUCAGGUCCUGUACAGUUUGAGAAAGACGAAGAAGAUCCUUUCGGUCUGGAUCAGUUCUUGAAACAGGCUAAGCGCGCAAGUAGCUCUACCGCAACAGCCAAACGCAAAGAAGACCGAGAACCACGAAGGGACGAUCGUGACAAGCGCCGAAAACAUUAGGAUUACUCGAGCAUUUGUUACGUUUAUCAAAUUAUUUGUGGUUUCAAAAACGAGUAAAGAAAAGUGAAAAUCAAACUGAAGAAACAAGUUUCGACAUCCCUCAUUUGUCAUAUCAGUUCAAAUGAGCAGAACUUUUUAAUGUAUGUUCAAUUAGGUUUUUUUAGCGGAAUGAAUGCUUUGCUAACUUUAGCAAUUUCAACAUUUGGGCCGAGUCAGCCAAGAUCAAUUGUCCUGUAAACAUUGUAUAACACAAACAGCGACUCGGUUGAAUUACAUUUGUUACAUUCAACAUUAUAGUCCAUUUUUCGAAAAUCAUUAUACAGGAAUAUUAGAAUUAGCGACAUAUUCUACGAGCGAUCACGCGAGUUUUUAUCUGUAUUUUCUUUACAUGUGGAGUUCAUUCUAUGCUGUACUGAUGUAAAUAACAAUUCGUAUAAUGUCA